AUGACCAUCUGGGACAAGAUCAAGUUCGUGUUCGGCCUGGCUUCUGCAACGGAAGGGCCCGCAAUCAGCGGUCGGUUGGAUUUCGACGAGAUCAAGGCCGCAAUCGGUAUCGACUUUGCUGAGUCUGAGGGACCGGGCCGUCCCGUCUUUCAGCCUAUUCUUGCUGACGGCACGGCAUUUUGCGUUCCAGCACGCGCAAGACCGUCCGCGAUGCACUUCAUCGGAUCAGAGAUGGAGUCCUACGAAAGGAUGUUCGAUGCCAUGGCAGCCACCUGGGGAAAUUUGAUGGUAGUCCCCUGGAGUACGCAGAUUGAGGACAAGCUCAGAGGUUUAUUCCCGUUCCUAUCUCGACUUCUCUUGACGGAAGAGCAGAUGGUGCGCAGCGGAAGGAAGGGCUUUCCCGGAUACGAUCAGAUCACCAUCGACGGUAUCAAGCAUUUCUACUGCAAACGAGCCCUUCUAUCAACUGGGCUCGCUGGUGGACUGUCGCCGGAGGUCGAGAAGGCUAUGAUCUUCUUCAUGCUGAGCCACAAGCUGGCGGGACCGAAUCCAGACAACGCAGUCAUGCUCAAGGUAUACAAAGCUUGCGGCGAGGUUCUAGGCGCUGCUUUGAAGCGGCAAGCAAAGUUUGCUGAAACAUGGCGGCUCAGCUCGGUAGAGCGCCUCUGGUUGUCCCCUCUUCUGGACAGGAGCUAUGACUUUCUCGAUACCCGUUAUUGGUAG